CAGGUAGUAAAAGACAUCAGUAGAGGUCAAGUGAUUAAAGAAACGCAAUGAGCUCCAUCGAGUGUUUACCUGACAUAGUGCUGGACCAGAUCUUCUGGUUCCUGCGGCCACUGGAGCUGCUGCGGUCCUGCGCGCUGGUGAGUAAGCGCUGGAACGCGCUGGUCGUGCGGCGCGCGCUAGUGGUGCGCGGCUCGCGACACGUGCAGCUCUUGCGCCACUCGUUGCGCGCGCUCUACGUAGUGCUGCCUGAUAUCCGCAGCGAACUGCCCCCAUUCUUGCCGCUCUUCGACCUCAUUGGCGACAUAGUGCGGCAGGCCCCCAUGUUGGUCGAAUUGUCUUUAGGAGUGGACGUGCCGCUGGACCCCUACCUGAUGAGCACAUUGAACGGCCUGCGAUGUCUCCGCCACCUCGAUGUGUUCCCUUCUUACAAGCUUGGUUCAGAAAUGCUCCCCCUCCUACUACGGCUGGACACGCUGGUGUUGAACAACGUCGUGCACUCAAAAGUACUAGUGGAGUUGGCAACCCAAGGCCGCCUUAAAGCGUUGCACUUGCAUGGCUAUCUGCUGGUCCGCAACUAUCCACUCCGUGGUAUGCUGCGACUCAUCAACGCGACAGACCUACGUGAGCUGACGCUGCGCUGUAGUGAGCUGCACAAUCCUGCGUACGAGACCGUCGUGACCUGCCCCAACCUGACGUCGCUGCAGCUGUACUCGUGCCGAUACUUGACGGGCGCGGGUGCCGUGCACCUAACCCGGCCGCGGGGCCUCACACGCCUGCAUGUGACUGGUGCCCGUAGUCUGACACCAGUGGGACUAGCAGCCAUGCUGGCGACGCUCCCACCUGGCCUCACCGACCUCGCUCUGAGCGGUACAAGCUUUGCAGAAGAACACGCCCAGCUACUUCCCGCCCAAGCACCUCGCCUGAAAGAACUGGAGCUGUGGAGGUGUCACAUUUCCGCGAAGGCGGUGAUAGUGCUCGCUAGCGCGUUGUUGCAAAUACGCUGCCUUAGCGUGGAGGUGGCACUGACUGCCGAACAGCUGCGUAUACUGGCCGUGCACCCGACUCUGAAACUGGUGCGAUGCGGCCCGAUGCCGAUGAAGCCGGACACGUACAAGAUUAGUGGCUUACGCAUCGUGUCCACGAAGGCGAAGUACCCCCUCCCGUGCAUGUUCCAAUCGAAUCUAGACAAUUCUACAGACGGGUUCCGUGCGUCCUUCUGCUACUACUGGAUGCACCACAGCGACCUCGAGCCCGUCGGCGCGACUCCGAACCUGGCGUGCAGUACCGUGGUGGAGGACACUCACAACAAGAUGUUCGCCAAGCUCCCAAUUCCCGGCGCGACGUACGUCACCAACACCAUCAGUAUAGACGGCGUGUACAGGGAGUAUUACAGGAACUACUCGUACGACCUGGACAAUGAAGUGGUGGGCACGAGACACUCCCGGCUUAAUGUCAAGUACUCGUAUUGCUAACCAGGUCGCGGCACUACUACCGGAGUACCGGUAUCUACAAUAAUGUCCUGUAUAAUGUGUUUUCUAAUCAUUUUAAAGUAGGUAGGUACCUAUUUUAUAAUAACAUUGUAGUACAUGUAAUAAGAAACUGUUUAUUUUUUAUGGAAAUAUUCCAGUUUUGUGGAAUUUUAAAACCUAUUAUUAACAAAAACUUGCUAUACAUAUAGAUUAAGUUGGCAGUGAAUCUUAUACAAAUUAAAUAGGAUUUGUAAUAUCCCACGUUGGGCGCCACAAUACGAAAUGUCAUCUUUUCACGUUUAAGAUUUAUAAAGAAAAAUAAUGUUUUUCAUGUAGAUUCCUCUUUUAUGAAUUAAAAAGGUUUAUUGGAAUCAUUAAGUCGUCGAUGGUUCAAAUAUAUCAGGAUGUUAGUGUUCCCGAGAAACAUCAUUUUGUACCGCUAGCCCUUUGUCUAAAGUCAUUCUUGCAAGAUGGCGGCUGCGACACAAUGGUGCGAUACUUGUAUUUAAGUUUACUUACCCUCGAUAUUUAAUUUGUAUGUAAAUCAUGUUUUAUACUUUUGCGCAUGAUUAAGUUUAAUGUAAAUACUUGUUCUAGAAAUGGACUGAAAUAAAAUAAUGAUGAAAUAAAAUAUUUAAAAUUAUUGUCUAC